AGAGUGACGUCGGCCGCGUGCCUCUGACAGGAUGGAUCUUGAGCGCAGAGUAGCCGAGUGGGUGGAGAGAACCGCGCGCAUACAUAACGACGGAGCACCAUAACCAAAAUCACUCACUGUCAUUCAUGCGUUUGGUCUUCAACCGAAUCCUUUCACGGACUGUCUUUACACAAAACGAGGAUGAGGGAAGAGUCACUCGGGUUCUGUUUUCUUAAUUGUUUUUUAUUCAUCAUCAGCGCCCGGCAAUGGGUGUCCGCGAGCAGGAACCUGCGCCCGUGCAAUGAGACAGACUACUACUAUGAGUAUACAGAGUGUGACAGUGUAGGGUCUCGAUGGAGGGUGGCCAUCCCCCACAUUCUGGGCACCUGCUCAGCCCUGCCUACUCCCACCAGAGGAACAGACUGCUCGUUCUCGUGUGCGGUGGGAGAGUUCCUAGAGAUGUCCGCUCAGCAAUGUACGCCGUGUGCUGCCGGCUCCUAUUCGCUGGGCAGUGGGGUGCGUUUCGACCAAUGGGACACUAUCCCUGCCGGCUUCACCAGCCUGGCCACCUACAUGGACCCAGGACCCAGUGGAGAGGAGAGUCAGGCCUGUAAUAGCUCGUCGUGGACGCCGCAGGGUGUGUAUCUGGAGUCUAGUCGUGAUGAGUGCACCGUGUCUCUGGUCUACGCUGUGCAUCUGGAGCAACAGGGCUCUGUCUCCUUCAGCUACCAGUACCCUGACAACAACAUAUUUUUUGAGUUCUAUGUCCAGAACGAGCAGUGUCAGGAGAUGGCCCAGACAGACGAUCAGAAGUGGAUCAAACUCACCACCAACGGAGAGUGGGACACACACACGGUGAAUCUGAAGUCUGGCACUAACAUACUGUACUGGAGGACGACAGGGAUCCUGGUCGGAGGGAAGAUGGUUAAACCAGUGUUGCUCAGGAACAUCCAGAUUGAGGGUGUUGCCUACACCUCGGAGUGUUUCCCGUGCCGACCAGGCUGGUUUAGCUCCGCCCCUGGCUCCUCCUCCUGCCAGCCCUGCCCCAGGAACACAUCGUCUCACAAGGGAGCCGCCUCCUGUACUCCCUGCCCCGACACACAGUACUCACAUGAAGGAUGGUCACAGUGUAAGGAGAGGCCUCCAUGUUCAGAGAAGGAUUACUUUCAGAUCCACACAGCCUGCGACAGCGAGGGAAAGACUCAGGUGAUGUACCGGUGGGUGGAGCCGAGGAUCUGUGAGGAGAAUGUGACGGGCGCUGUGGCACUGCCCCCUACAGGGGAGAGAGAGGCAUGCCCUCCCUGUAACCCUGGUUACUACAACACCGACGACUCCACCUGCUUCCCCUGUCCUCCUGGAACACACUCUGACGGCACCUCAGUGUGUGAGGAGUGUCCUGCGGGGACAGAGCCAGUACUGGGGUAUGAGUAUAAAUGGUGGAACGUCCUCCCUUCCAACAUGAAGACUUCCUGCUUCAACGUGGGCAACUCCAAAUGUGACGACAUGAACGGCUGGGAGGUGGCAGGGGAUCACAUCCGCAGCGGUGCUGGAGGCUCGGAUAACGAUUACCUCAUCCUGAACCUGCAUGUUCCUGGCUUCAAGUUACCCACAUCACUUGCUGGGAUGACCGGGACUGAGUUUGGCCGGAUCACCUUCGUCUUCGAGACAAUGUGCUCUGCCGACUGUGAGCUCUACUUCAUGAUGGAUGUGAACAGGAAGAGCACCACAGUGGUGGAGUCAUGGGAGGGCAGUAAGGAGAGACAGAGUUACACACACAUCAUGACCAGGAAUGCAUCCGUAUCAUACACUUGGGCCUUCCAGAGGACCAACCAGGCUCAGGAUGUGCGGCGGUACAUCAGUGACGUGGUGAUACUCUACUCGGUGAGUGUGACAAAUGUCCAGGAUGGCGUGGCAUCUGCGUGCCGGGCCUGCGCCCUCCUAUCCCAGAGUUCUCAGCGGUCUGGGUCGUGUAUUCCAUGCCCAGCUGGGUUCUACAUUGACAGAGACACCAACCGGUGCCAGGAGUGCCCCCCCAACACAUACCUGUCUGGUCACCACACAUAUGGAGAAGACGCCUGUCUGCCCUGUGGCCCCGGGAGUAAGAGCAACAAGGAGCACUCUCGUUGCUAUAGCGACUGCUCCUACAGUCACACGGAGCACAACCGUACCCUGACCUUUGACCUGAGCUCUCUGAGCCCCGUGGCCUCGCUCACCAUCGGCCCCAGCUUCACCUCUAAAGGCACAAAGUACCUCCACGUCUUCAACGUCAGCCUGUGUGGACACCAGGGGAAGAUGGCAGCUGUCUGCACAGAUAAUGUCACCGAUCUCGCCAACAAGGACAUGGGGAGUGAUUCCACCCAGUUCGUCAACUCAGUGGACAGCUUCAUCUGUCAAUCAACCAUCAUUCCUGCGGAUGGGCGGGGCUUCAGGAUGGCUCUGGCAUCCCAGUCUAUCAGUCUGGCUGAUACCUUCCUCGGAGCGACAGUGGACAGUGAUUUAGACGGAAUAAACGCCAGACCAGAACUCUUCUCUGACAACUCAAAAGGCAUUCCAGACAUCAACUUCUUCUACAGGUCUACUCAGGCGACUGGAUCCUGUGAGCGUGGUCGGAGUGCAGUCAUGACAAUACGCUGCAACCCAGAGAAGAUGGACCGCGGGCAACUCACAGUGCCCAGUGCGUGCCCUGCAGGUACAUGUGACGGCUGUACGUUUCACUUCCUGUGGGAGAGUGGGAGCGCCUGUCCCCGCUGCACCCAGGAUGACUAUCACCAGAUAGAGGGAGCCUGCAAGGGAGGGGUCCAGGUGACUCUGUCUGUGUGGAAUGAGCCAAAGCUGUGCACCAAAGGCAUGUCCCUGCCAGCUAAGAGCUCCGCCCCAUGCGAGGCCAUUGCCCUAUGGCUAAAGGUGGGGGUAGGGGGCGGGGCCUUCUUAGCUGUGCUGCUCGUCUCUCUCACCUUCUAUUUCUGGAAGAAGAACAAGAGGCUGGAGUAUAAGUAUUCUCGGUUGGUGAUGUCAGCCAAUAAGGAAUGUGAGCUGCCGGUGGCGGAUAGCUGUGCCCUGGCCGAGGGGGAGGAGCCUGAAGAUGACGUGGUCUACUCCCACAAACCCUCACUGCUCGGCAAGCUCAGGGCCAUCGCCAACAAGCAGAGGGAGGGAGACAGCAGUGAGUCAGUACAGCUGAAGUCAUCCCAGUCUGAGAGAUGGGUCUGGGGGUAACGAUGAGCAAGAAAGACGAGAGAGAAAGAAAGAAGAGAGGAAGGAUGGAAGAAGAGAGGAAGGAAGGAAGAAGAGAGAAAGAAAGAAAGAAGAGAGGAAGGAAAGAAGAAGAGAGAGAAAGGGAGAAGAGAGGAAGGAAGGAAGAAGAGAGAAAGGGAGAGAGAAAGAAAGAAAGAAGAGGAAGGAAGAUAGAAGAGAGGAAGGAAGGAAGAAGAGAUAGAAAGGGAGAGAGAAAGAAAGAAGAGGAAGGAAGAUAGAAGAGAGGAAGGAAGAAGAGAUAGAAAGGGAGAGAGAAAGAAAGAAGAGGAAGGAAGAUAGAAGAGAGGAAGGAAGAAGAGAUAGAAAGGGAGAGAGAAAGAAAGAAGAGGAAGGAAGAUAGAAGAGAGGAAGGAAGAAGAGAGAGAAAGGGAGAGAGAAAGAAAGAAGAGGAAGGAAGAUAGAAGAGAGAGAAAGAGGAAGGAAGGAAGGGAAAGAGAGGAAGGGAGAGAGAAAGAAGAGCGGGUUGUGUUCCACUCCUCUUCAUGUCUCAUGGGCUCUGUUUAUUCCUGAGAACUCCAUCGUGGCUCCAGCCACUCCAGUUUUCCCUGCAAAGGUACUUGUUUCCAUGAUUCUGACUGAAACUGGAAAGUGGUUUGGCUCUCCACCCUAGACCCUACAACACAGGGGAACACAUCCCUGCUUAAUGCUAUGGAUAUUAUAGGGCUGCAAAUGAAAGGAACUGUCACUGUUUUGUAUAUUUUGUAUUGUCAUUUGGAGUUUAUCUGUACAGUCAUGUCUAAAGUAUUUAUAAUUAUUAAUGUUGGUAUGAUUCAUCUUUAUUAAAUUCUCACUUGGCUUUGGGGCCGUGUU